CGUAUUCACUGCCCGCUCCUCGCUCCACGUCCGCGCUCCCCCGACGUCCCUUGCUCACUCAUCCAACAACAUCCAUCAUCCAAAGCCCGUGAGAAAAUAGGGGCCUAGACUCGACGACAUUUCUCUCCUCUUGCCCAACGAACCGAGCUCUCGAAUCUAUCCUGUCAUCUUCGUCUGACUGCUCCUAUCAACGCAUCGCGACGACGCCCUCUUACUACUGUACCUCGUCGCUGCUCGGCCCAUAGUUCAAUCCGACGACGAGAGCGGCCGAUCCAUCCUCUAUCCCUAACGAUCUGGGGCUCGUAAUAGACUCCAGAUCCAACAUCGCCUCCGAUUGCAUACAAACCGGCGUCGCUCGUAUUCUUGACCCAUAUAAUUGAUUCACCAUGAGUGCAAAUCCCACGAACGUUAUCCGCAGGAAGUUGGUCAUUAUCGGUGAUGGUGCCUGCGGCAAGACUAGUCUGCUGAGCGUCUUUACGCUAGGAUACUUCCCUACAAUCCCUACAGUCUUUGAGAACUAUGUGACGGAUUGCAGAGUGGACGGCAAGUCGGUCCAGCUCGCCCUAUGGGAUACCGCCGGCCAGGAAGAUUACGAGCGGUUACGACCUCUUGCAUACUCAAAAGCCCAUGUCAUCCUGAUAGGGUUCUCCAUCGAUACUCCAGAUUCCCUCGACAACGUUAAACACAAGUGGAUCGAAGAGGCUACCCGCCUAUGCACCGGUGUCCCUAUUAUCCUCGUUGGUUUGAAGAAGGAUCUUCGAGAAGACCCGGUCGCGAUCGAGGAGAUGCGCAAGAAGUCGCUGCGAUUCGUUUCCGAGCACGACGGCGAGUCUAUCUGCCGCGAGAUUAACGCCAAGCGGUAUCUGGAAUGUUCCAGUUUGAGCGGCGAGGGCGUCGACGAUGUCUUUGAGGCUGCUACUCGCGCUGCCCUCUUGACCUUUGAGAAGGGCGAGGGCGGUGGCUGCUGUGUCGUGCUGUAA